AUGAAAGGGAUCUACAAAGGCUUCAAAUAUACUUUAUCUCAAUUCUUUGUUGUGAAGGAGCGUGAAAUGGAGAUUGGCUUCCCAACGGAUGUUAAGCAUGUGGCACACAUUGGGUGGGAUGGCCACUCCGGUAGUGCACCCAGUUGGAUGAAUGAAUUCAAGACUGGGCCUGAUUAUGCAGCAACUUCAAUUGGUAAUUCGGGUUCUGCACUUUCUCCAUGGUCAUCUCUAGACUUUGGAGAAUCUCGGCGGCAGCAAUCAGGAUCGGAUAUGUUCGGUGACAUUCCCUCAACAGAGCUUCCUAACAUCCCGAAGAAGCAGAAAAGGAAGAAGUCCAAAUCAACUUCUUCUCCCAAGUCCAGUUCGUCCUCGAGGUCAUCAAGAGCAGCAAAAUCGAAAGCCAAAUUAAUCGAAGGCAAUCCCAAUCCGACAAAUAUCCAAGUGGCAUAA